GGCCACCGGCUGCUACCAGAAGGCCAGCGUCCCUUGAUCUGCGGCUUAGGCCUUCCUUCUGGUCACCGACUCUGCGUCGCCCGCGCCAUGGCUUGGGUCCGGACUGCGCUACAGCGUCUUGGGAGACGUGGGUCGUCGGAGCCUUUUUAGUGCUGGAGCUCGGGCCGCAGGGUCCCCCGCGGUGGCGGCGGCGGAGGAACAGGUUGUGACGCAGAAUGACUGGAGUCUGAAGGGCGGUGCACAUGCAGGUUGUUUGUUGUUAUUAGAAGCUCUGGAUGGACGCUUCCUGGGAAGCUUUGCUAACAUGCAGCAGCCGGACCAUAUGGCUCAUUAAAACCUGUCUGUCAGCAUAAUCGUCACAUCAUUUCACUGUGGGUGGCAGGGACUCAGCUCUGGAAUUCUAUAUAGAAAAAGCAUCGGGAUCCCAGUGUUUUCAAUGGCUUCGAGACACCCAGAAGUGCCUGCUCUUGAGCCUAGUGGGCCUCUAGGCAAGAUGUCCCUGCCCAUCGGGAUGUACCGCCGGGCAUUCAGCUAUGACGAUGCCCUCGAGGACCCUACACCCAUGACUCCUCCUCCAUCAGACAUGGGCAGCAUCCCCUGGAAGCCAGUGAUUCCAGAGCGCAAGUAUCAGCACCUCGCCAAGGUGGAGGAAGGAGAGGCCAGUGUACCCUCUCCUGCCAUGACCGUGUCAUCGGCCACAGACAGCACGGACAAGGUCCCCGUGGUGAAGGCUAAAGCCACCCACAUCAUCAUGAAUUCUCUGAUCACAAAACAGACCCAGGAGAGCAUUCAGCGCUUUGAGCAACAAGCAGGGCUGAGAGAUGCUGGCUACACACCCCACAAGGGCCUCACCACCGAGGAGACCAAGUACCUGCGGGUGGCAGAGGCGCUCCACACACUAAAGCUGCAGAGCGGAGAGAACACAAAGGAAGAGAAGCAGCCUGCGUCCACCCAGUCCACCCCCAGCAGCACCCCGCACUCUUCCCCCAAGCAGAAAUCCAGGGGCUGGUUCACUUCUGGUCCUCCUACCACCUUUCCCGGUCCCAAUUCUAGCAUCAUGGAUUCUGGAAGUGGGGAUAGGGACAGGAACCCAUUGGAUAAAUGGAGCUUCUUUGGGCCGAGACCCCUCCAGAAAUCUGAUUCGGGAGGACUUGCCACUCAGACCUACCGCGGAGCUCAGAAGCCCUCUCCAAUGGAACUGAUCCGCGUGCAGGCCACCCGCAUGGCUGAGGACCCAGCGGCCUUCAGGCCUCCCACCAUGGAUGCCCCAGAGAUCGACAAGACGAAGCCAGUUCCCCGGACCCACAAUCUCAAACCUCGUGACCUGAAUGUGCUCACUCCCACUGGGUUCUAGUGCGCUUUCUGUCCUAGGGACUCUGGAUCGAGUCUGCCAGGCCCCCCUUUACCUGGCUCUGACAUAGGAAAGGUAUAUUUUUAAAAAACCAGGCUAGAGCUAGAGAAAUCAUUGGCUUUGGAGAAACAUGUGCACAUUUCCACCUUACUGUGUGGAAGAAGCCCUUUUCUACCGCUUUAACACAGUUCAGUCAUCUCAGCAGAGCUCUGUGGGAGGCCUCGUGGCCUGUUUUUGUAUCACAUCCUCUAGACAAGAGCUUUGAUCAUGACUUCCUAAGUAAAUGAUUCUGCUGUUUCCAAA